CGAGUUGACGGUAAAUAGGUUCGAAUCUCCGCUAAGAGGCGCCGAACGUCACGCUUUGCGUGCUUCGAGGUUCGAGGUUCGAGAUUAACCAGACCGACAACCACCGACAACGGACGUUACGGACGAAAUGUAUCGCGCGAAUGUAGAUAGAGCGUACACUUUGCAGCAGAAUGGUCAGCAGAGGGGAAACGCGGACAGACUUCACCAGAAUUGUUUCAGACAAGCCGCUUCUAUGAAUCAAACAACGCCGAUGACGAUCUCGGAGCAAUUCAGGCAGUCAUGGCUGACAGCUAUAAUUGGCUCCAUUAUGUUCGCCACUGGGAUGUGCCUUCUAUUUUGGAACGAGGGAAGAGCCGUGAAAGUGGCGCAUUCCCUGGACGAGGCUCUGCGCAAUGUGAUCGUGCUUCCCAACUCGAUGACACUGGCACCCGAAUAUGAGGGCCGCUUGAUACACCUGUCAGGUCCUUUGCUGAUCUCUGAACCAUUGACCGAGCCAGAUUACGGGAUCAUUAUGUCAAGCGUGAAGCUGAAGAGGAGGGUUCAGAUGUACCAGUGGGUUGAAAUUGAGGAAGAACAAAGUUUCAGUGGAAUAACCGAGGAUGAGAAGCACUACUACUACACGACGGAAUGGAAGGACAAACUCGUAGAUUCGGACCACUUCUACAUUCGUGCCGGUCAUCACAAUCCAAAGGAAAUGCCGAUCAGGAGCCAGGUGCAGAUCGCGGACGAAGCGAAGAUCGGCGCAUUCACGCUUGGCACAGAAUUGAAGAAGAAGUUCAGCGAUUUUGUAGAGAUCACUAGUGACGAGAGACCAGAGCAAAAGAACAUUAAAAUGCAUUCCGGAUUGUAUUAUCACAGUGCAGAUUUGUGGAAUCCACAAGUAGGAGACAUCAGAAUACAAUUUUCCUACGCGGGAAAACACGGGGAUGUUUACUCAGUAGUCGGAAUGCUGGAAAAGGACAUCAUUAAGCCGUAUUACACUACUCAUGGGGAAGAGAUCUUACUUCAACGAAGACAUAAGAUGUCAGUGGAUCAGAUGUUUCAUUUGGAACAUGUGCAUAACUACUGGCGAACCUGGACUGUCAGAGGACUUGGGUGGUUGGUCUUAUUUGUGGCAGCAACAUGCUUAGCAAAUAUAUUAAAAACAGUUAUACUAAAUUCUACAUUUCUUUGCGGUAUAAUAGCUGUCGAAUCUUUAACUAUGUCGGUCUCCAUGUCUAUUAGUUUAUUGGUAAUUGGUUUUGCUUGGGUUUGGUAUCGACCGGUCAUCGGUCUUUGUUUAGCGCUAGCAUCCAUUUUACCAUUUAUUUACUCGACAUUAACAUCUGGCUCUCAGCAACGUGAUAACUAUAGAAGAUUAUAGAUUACGUUCAAAUGCCUUAUAAUUUAUUUAAUGUAUAUAUAUUUAUUCAGUCUUCUCUUUUUCUCUCCUUAUUUUUAUAUUUUUUUUUUCUUUUAUACUACACACAUGUGUAUAUUAAAAAAAACAUAAUUAAG